GCUGCCAAGUGCCAACCAUCAUCCCGCCAUUUUCCGGCGCUCGUUGCUUUCACCUCACAUUGCUACUCUUUCCACUUUCUAUCUUCUUCAGACAUUACUAAAUAGGAACAAUUUCAGUUGAAGAUUCAACCCGUUCGAUUUUAUACACAGGCUCCAUAAUUGGCUAGAAGAGGUUUUCACCAUGAACCCUUCAUAAAGAGAGAAUGGUGUUAUGGUUGUUAAGGAUCGAAAGAAUGUAGUUAAUUGGAUAACUUUCUGCCCUCACCGCCCAAGGCCAAACGCUCAUAAGAGCUGCAAGUGAUCGUUAUAUCUAAACCCUAGCAUAAUCGAUAUCCGUACUCGCUUCGAUGUUCCGCCUCUUUUCACAGCCAUGUCUCUUCCUUCAUACACUUGCUGAUCCGAAUUUCCAGUCCCGAAUUGCAUCCACCAUCUCCCGCCAAAAGUGGUCGGAGCUCAAACCAAUUAUUCAAUCCUCCACUCAUGCCGAUUUCUUACACCAGCUCUUACAAUUCAAUAAUUUCGACACCGACCUCGUUGUAUCCUUCUUUAAAUGGUCACAAAAGAGAUGCGAGGCCGCCUUCUCUAUUGAGGAUCACGUUAGACUUUUUAUCUUGCUAGCGAAUGAGAAGAAGUACCCCAAGCUUCGGUCUUUACUCCACAUGUUUCCGAAACAAGCAGAAGCCCUUUCAAUCUCCACGUUUUGUCACUCCCUUUUGACUAUCAGUGAUAACGCGUGCGCAAAUAUAGUUGUAUUUGAUAUGCUGAUAUCGGCUCUUGUGAGCAAUGGGAAGGUUGAUUUAGCAUUUGAGGGUUUCAUGCGGGCUGGGGAUUAUGGGUUUAAGCUUUCUGUGCGUUCGUGUAAUUUGCUGUUGGCUGCGCUGGUGAAAGAUGGUAGGACUGGAAAUGUGGAGUUUGCAUAUAAGGAGAUGGUUAGGAGGAGGAUUGGGAUGGAUUUGAUCACGUUUAACACGGUAGUUUGUGGGCUUUGCAAGGCUGGAAAGUUGAACAAGGCGCGUGAUGUCGUGGAGGAUAUGAGUAUUAAUGGUGUGGCACCCAAUGUGGUUACUUACAACACUUUGAUUGAUGGCUACUGCAAGAGGGGCGGUGAGGGGAGAAUGUACAAAGCUGAUGCACUGUUGAAGAAUAUGGUGGAGAAGGGGAUUUCUCCGAGUGUAAUCACGUAUAACAUUCUUAUUGACGGAUUUUGCAAGGAUGGCAAUGUGGCUGCCGGUAUAAGGAUUAUCAAGGAAAUGAAAGACCAGGGUGUGAGACCAAGUGUGCUCACGUAUAACUCGUUGAUUAAUGGCCUCUGUGGUGAUGCAAAAGUCGAUGAGGCAUUGAGUUUAAGGGAUGAGAUGGUGACAGUAGGUGUGGAGCCAAACAUUGUUACUCAUUCCACAUUAAUCAAUGGAUAUUCGAAGAAUAAUAUGUUGAAGGAAGCCAGGGACUUGUUCGAUAAUAUCAUAAGCCAAGGGAUUGCAUUGAACGUACUGACAUUCAACGCUUUGAUAAAUGCGUACUGCAGAGCGGGUGAAUUGGAAGAAGCAGUAGCUAUAUUCAAUCUUAUGUUGGACAACAAGGUUUCUCCCAGUGUAUCAACGUACAAUUGUUUGGUCGGUGCUUGUUAUCGCAAUGGACAGAUGGAAGCAGGGCAUAAGCUUCUGAGUGAGAUGGAGGAGAAGGGGUUGAGAUAUGAUGUAGUUACCUAUAAUGUUAGAAUAGACGCAAUGUGCAAGAGUGGUGAAACCAGGAAGGCGGUUAGGUUAGUGGAUGAAAUGUGUAAAAGGGGUCUGAAUCCGAGCCAUGUUACGUACAAUACUUUGAUGGAUGGUUACUGCAAGCAGGGAAGCCUGAAGGCAGCUUUGGGGGUGAAGAAAAGAAUGGAGAAAGAAGGGAAGCGGCCAAAUGUUGUGACAUAUAACGUGCUGAUUAAAGGUUUUUCGCAGAGGGGGAAGCUUGAAGAGGCGAAUAGAUUUCUUAAUGAGAUGCUGGAGAAAGGAUUGGUACCAAACAGGAUUACUUAUGAUGUGAUUAAGGAGGAAAUGAUGGAAAAGGGAUUUGUUCCGGACAUAGAUGGUCAUCUUUAUAGUGAUUUGGUAGCUGCAGAUUCCCCUUGAGUUUUGUUUACUGCUAUAUGUACAUAUUCUUUGAAUUGUAUACUUGAUUUCAAACUAUAAAUUGGGACUUGUAAUAUGGCUCAUGCCGUCCGCGAAUUCGAUGAA